ACAAUUGAAUGUGUCAAUAAAUUUUUCGCCGGCCAUUUUGAGAAAGGAUAGAUUGUUUGGUUGGCUUGGAAAUUUCAAUUUAUUAUUGUCCGUUUGUGAUUCGGUGCCUUUAUUCGCUUUCUUUCUAUCAAAUUAUCGUCAGCUUUAUCAAGCAAAAUGGCGAACCGCCGUCCGCAUCAGAACUCUGGGCGUCGCAUCGACUACCGCAAUGACCGCGGCCCCAAGAACUUCGGCCGUGCGGGCGUGUCGCCGUGGCAGGGCGGCGGGCCGGGCGCGGGACUCAACACCCUGCUGCCUCUAGCCGGGGGCUCCACGGAGGCCACCCUGGCCCUGGCGAAUAACCUCAUCAGCAACCUGCUGCAGUCGCGCCAGCAGGCGGUGCCCUCGCUGCUGGACAUGCCGAUAAGGCGGGAUUUCGGACCGGAUAUGGGCCGGUUCGAUCGCGGAGGUUAUGGUGGACCGCAACGGAUGGGCAAUCAGGGUAAUUUCCGGCGCUCCGGCAAUUACAAUCGGGCUGGUGACCGAAUGAACAAUCGUAAAUUCAAGCCCGGUGAUGGGCAGCGCCACCAAAACAAGACUACCCCGAAAAAGGAUGCUGAUUCUAAAUCUAAACCUGUCAAGGAGAGCGCUACAGAAGUGAAAGCCGAAGGCGACGAAGCUACUGUCAAGACCGAAGAGGGAACCGAGGAUGGGCAGACUGAUGCUCAGAAGAAGGAAUCCCCGAAGACGCGUUACGAUGAGCUGAAUCCGUCUCUGCUAAAGUGCCACAUUUGCAACAAGAGCAUGUGGGAUGGGCGAUCGUUCGAGAACCAUCUCAGUGGCCGAGCCCAUGCCAUCAUGAUGCAGAAGACAGCUGAGAGCUACGCGCUGACUGCUGAUACCAUGAGGCAGGAGUUUAAGAUCCGCGAGAUGAAACGCACACGCAAGACGGGCCAGCAAACCCCACGCGACUUCUACUGCGCGAUGUGCGACAUGUACGCAGCCGACGGCGCCGCGCACCGCACCACCAUCGGGCACCGCAAGCUGAAGAAGUACCUUCACCCCGCCUGCACCAGCUGCCAUAAGGAGAUGCCCACCAGGAUUGAGUUGGACGAGCACCGUCUCACGAUCGAGCAUCUCAAGAAUGUCCACGAGAAGCAGGAGGUCACCUCCAAGCCGAAACCAGAAGUUAUGGUGAUAUCGACCCUGGCGAUGGAGCAGUCCUACGUGCGCGACGACCGCCAGCGACGCAAGCGGCACACGGAGACCGAUGAUGAUGAUGCCAAGAAGGAGGAGGAGAAAGAAGGGGAAGACGGGGAGCAAACCGAAGGCGUCGUCAAGAAAGAGCCGGUAGAGGGCGCACCGGAAGCGCAAGAUGGCGGCCCGGAAGCUCAAGAUGGCGGACCGGAAGAGGGCAAGCUGUUGCUUGACUUCAAGGAGGAUGAUGACAUUGUUGUCACGCCGGAUAUGAUCCCGAGCUACAGCACGACCCGUCCCGUGGGCCGCUCGUUCCUCUCCCCGCUGACGUGCUACCAGUGCUCGCUGUGCCGCAAGUUACUGGACUCGCAGGAGACGGCCGCCGUGCACCUGCUGACCUGGCGCCACCACCAGCUCUACGCGAGGAAGCUCAUGCAUAAGGCCAAUGGCGGCGACAACAAGCGCACGUCGUCCACGUCGCAGGCGGGCGGCGGCAAGCGGCGCAAGACGUCCGACGAGGGCGCCGAGAACGGACUGAUGGAGGACGGUGAUGUCGAGAUGAAGGAAGAAGACCCGCGCCCCGACGCUGACAUGUCAGCCGCUGACGGCGACGCAGAGCCCGAGUGGGAGCGCGCCGUGGACGAGAUCCUGCACGACGAGGCUGAAGCACAGGGGGAGACUCAGGAAGCUGCCGUGGAAGAAGUGCCGGAGCAGAAAGAAGAAGAAACAGUAGAAGAGGAACUAGUGAAGGAGACUCCUCCAUCGCCAGUAGCGACGCCGGCUAAACCAGAGACGAAGCCGAAAACACCACGCGGACGCGGCCGGGGUCGGCGUGGCCGCUAUUAAAAAAACAAACUAAGGAUGCGUUCAG